CACUUCUUCAUCUCUCCAUCAUUUUAGCAUCAUUAAACUGUGCUUUAGCGUAUACUACUACCAUCCACCAUGCCGAACCAAGAGAACCCUUCGAAUCCUACGAGAAAGAUUAACAUCUUCUCAGACUUCGAUGGCACAAUCUUCAUGCAAGACACCGGCCACGUCCUAGUCUCCAACCUAGGCGGCGGUAACGAAUUCCUCAAAAAGGUCCAGGAACAGAUCAAGACCGGCGAGCGCUCCUUCCGUGAAGCCUCAGAAGACAUGUGGGGGUCUUUGACUAUUCCUAUCGAAGAUGGCUUCGAUACCAUGAGGAAUAACAUGUCCAUGGAUCCGAAGUUCAAGGAGUUCCAUGAAUUCUGCAUGCAGAAUAAUAUCUCAUUUAAUGUUAUUAGUGCCGGGUUGAAGCCUAUCUUGCGCAAGGUGUUGGAUGCGUUUUUGGGGGCGCAGGAGUCUUCUAAUAUCAACAUCGUGGCAAACGACGCUGAUAUCGACGGUUCUACACCUUGGAAACCUAUCUGGUUGCACGAGACAGAAUUAGGUCACGACAAGGCCCUUUCUGUCAACCAAGGUCGCGCUGAAGCAGCAGAAGCUUGCCUUGAAGGCGAAAUCCCGCUCAUCAUCUUCAUCGGCGACGGUGUUUCGGAUCUCACGGCUGCCCGGGAAGCGGAUAUCCUGUUUGCACGGAAGGGCCUGAAGCUCGAGGAAUACUGCAAUCACAACCAGAUCCCGUACAUCCCGUUCGAAACAUUUGCGGAUGUGAAGAAGGAAGUCCAGCAUGUCAUGAAAGAGGACCUCGAGAAGACUGGUGGUACUGGUAUCCCCGCACGGUUCAACCCUCGUGCCAACAUGUGGCGUCGGAUUUCGAGCAAGCAGGCUAUGCCGAAAUUCGUGGCCGCUACUCCGUCCAACGAAGAAAAGAUGUUCCUGUGGCCCGAAGCCUUUUCCAAUUACAAGCCGAAGGCAUUUCCUCAGGAUGGUUCCGUAUAA